UGUCUUUGUUAUGAUGCAUUAGCGGUUUGUCCCUAACAUUGUACCGUCCAAGAUGGCGACUGCCAGCCCGUUCAUCAAUUCGCUGAGAAAUUUGCUCGCUGGGGGGUCCCGAAAGAUGCAGUUGCGAUAUGCUGAGGACGUGGCCACCAGAUCGCCCCCUCCAGUCAAGCUCCCAGAAGGCAUUAGCCACAAACUGUCAGAUAACUACUACCUGAGCAGGGACGGGCGGCGGCUGGUGGCUCCACCUGAGGUGGUGUACGGGCAGAGGAAACUCAUCGCUCAUGGAGAAAGUGCAGAACAAGCUGCUCCACCGAAAGCAAAGAGACCUCCCAUUCCUGGGGACGGACUGUCCUAUGUGUGGAAGGAGAUGCCACCGCUGCAGUAAACACAAACAAACAAACAAACA